GCCAGGGAGAUCAGCCCCCGGGACCACUUCCAAAGCCCGUCCAGAAGCAGCGAAGGAUGCUUGAGAGAUUGGUCAGCAGCGAAGCUAAGAACUAUAUGGCCUUGGAUGACUUCGUUGAAAUAACCAAGAAGUACGCCAAGGGUAUCAUCCCGUCAAGUAUGAUCCCUCAGGAUGACGACGACGACGAGCUGACGGGAAAGAGCCCCGAGGAGCUCCCCUUCCAACAAAAGAUCAUCAAGUAUCCCCUCCAUGCCAUCAUGGAAAUCAAGGAGCACCUGAUCGAGGCGGCCUCCAAAGCUGGCAUGCACUGGUUGUCCACCAUCGUCCCGACCCACCAGAUCAACGCCCUGGUCUUCUUCUUCGUCCUCAGCAACCUGACCAUCGACUUCUUCGCCUUCUUCAUCCCCCUGGUGAUUUUCUACCUCUCCUUCGUUUCCAUGGUGAUUUGCACCCUGAAAGUCUUCCAGGACAGCAAAGCGUGGGAGAACUUCCGAACCCUCACGGACCUCCUGCUUCGUUUCGAGCCCGAUCUGGAUGUCGACGAGGCGGAGGGGAAUUUUGGCUGGAAUCACCUGGAGCCUUAUUUCCACUUCCUGCUCUCGGUCCUCUUCGUCCUCUUCUCCUUCCCGAUAGCCAGCAAGGAAUGGAUGCCUUGCUCCGAGCUGGCCACCGUUUCCGUUUUCUUCAUGGUGACGAGUUACAUGAGUUUGUGCACCAGCGCCGAACCCUACACGCGAAGGGCCCUGCUGACCGAGGUGACCGCGGGGGCCCUCUGCCUGCUGCAAGGGGCCCCCGACCACUGGGGUUACGUGAAGCUCCUGGGUAAAACAUUUUACACCCUUCCUCUUGGCAGUGUCCUGGUACUGAACCUCAGCCUCCCCUGCCUCUUGUUCCUGUACUUGUUUUACCUCUUCUAUCGCAUGGCACGACUGAAGAAAUUCAAGGGCAUCUAUUGCUACUUGAUUCCUUAUUUGGUCUGCUUCAUGUGGUGUGAGCUCUCCGUCGUGAUUCUGCAGGAAUCGACCAGCCUUGGUCUCCUUCGGGCUUCCGUGGGCUACUUCUUAUUCCUCUUCGCCCUUCCCGUCUUAAUGUUGGGCAUCGCCCUGAUGGGUCUUUUCCAAUUCUUAAGGUGGCUAAUAACGUUGGAACUGACCAAGAUCGUGGUCACGCUCACCCUCUGUGCGGUUCCUCUGUUCUUCCACUUGUGCACGCGGGCCAGAGUCUCUGCAGUCGAAAUGGUGACGUCCCUGACCAAGAGUUCAAUCGUGAAGCUUAUCCUGGUUUGGCUUUCAGCCAUCGUCCUCUUCUGCUGGUUUUACGUCUAUCGCUCGGAAGGGAUGAAAGUGUACAAUUCGACGUUGACGUGGAAUCAGUACGGGUUUCUCUGCGGGCCCCGGGCUUGGAAAGAAACUAACAUGGCGCGGACUCAAAUUAUAUGCAGCCACCUGGAAGGCCAUCGGGUCACCUGGACAGGGCGGUUCAAGUACGUCCGAGUCACCAGCAUUGAGAACAGCGCCGAGUCCACCAUAAAUAUGCUUCCCUAUUUCCUUGGGGAUUGGCUGAGGUGUUUGUACGGAGAAACGUACCCUGCGUGCGAUCCCAGAAACGCCACCCUGGAAGUGGAGGAACUCUGCCGCUUGAAGUACUUGACCAAGCACCAGUGUCACAUCAAGAGGUUCGACCGGUAUAAAUUCGAAAUAACCGUGGGCAUGCCGCUCGGUGGCGGGAAUGGCAACCGGGCCCCCGAGGAGGACGAUGUCACUAAGGACAUCGUGUUGAAGGCCAGCAACGAGUUCAAGCAGGUGCUGCUGAACCUGAGACAAGGCAGCGUGGUCGAGUUCAGCACCAUCCUGGAAGGCCGCCUGGGGAGCAAGUGGCCGGUCUUUGAGCUGAAGGCCCUCUCCUGCUUGAACUGCCUGUCGAAGCUCUCCCCGGCGGGCCGGCACGUGAAAGUGGAACACGACUGGCGGAAUACCGUUCAGAAAGCGUUCAGAUUUGCCUUCAAUUUUUUGUUCUCCCCUUUCCUGUCCGUUGCCUAUUGAGCUCUGGUUGUUAACACCAGCUCUUGGUUGUCGCAAUCGGAUUUAAUCAGGGGCGAAAUGCUACUGGUUCAGACCGGUUCGCCUGAAUCGGUAGGUUCGCCCGAACCAGUAUUUACAACAAUCAGCUGGACGACGAUCAGCUGUGAUGCGCGAUUUAUCUUAGCUAGAAUCGUCGGAUUUCCUGCUUUCUAGCUAAUCUAAAUCGGGUGGCGCAGUGGAUUCCCCCCCCCCCCUCAGCUGUUCUACUUACCUUUGCAGACUCGGAAUGGCUUCAAAAUAUUCCUUUUUUAGUGCUGCGCGAGCGCACCUAAAGCAGCAGACUCACUAAACCAAUAGCAGACUUUGGAGGAUUACACCGCUAGAUUUAAUGGCAUUUAGUGCGGUACGUCAUGCAGCCUAAUAAUAUCUCUGCCUUGCUCAAUGAUCUGUACAUCUAGAAGGACGCCGCGCGGCGUAUUGAUUGAAAGCAUAAUAAGCAGGAUUUUCUAAAGAACUAACUUAGCUAACCAAAGAUGCUAAAAACACAAGUUUGCCUUCUAUCUAUUCUCAAUAAUCAACAGUAUUCCGCAGGUGAAGGACUCAGCUGUAAUACUGACAAUGAUGUCAAAACGAGGGUACGUGAUGAAUCCUGGGCACAAAUGCUCCCAUUUAUGACUUCAUUUAUGGCGCCACGAGACCAGGCUUAGGUGUGGGCGUGACCUUCCGUUCUCCCUUUGGUCCUAACUCCUUUGGUCCUAAAUUCUCUGCCAAUCAUUAAACCCCGCGAAGAGAAUUGAAGUAAUUCAACGGUACGAUGGGGUGAUACUUUUUUUUCCCUGAGGAAAGGGCCUUUGUUCUGUUCCCCUCACCGUUUUUUUCCCCCUCCACAAAGAAAUGGUUUAAGGCGAUGAGCACGAUUGCUUAACUCUGGAAAUGAUAAUGAACAUCCAGAUUUGAAUCUGUCCUUCUGAUCACAAGCAUAAAAUAAUGAUUUAAAAAUA